UAUGUUGCUUGGAACCGUAACCAAGUAUUUCACACACUAUUGCACUUGUGCAAUCUCUUUAUCUGGUUUCAUUUCUUCAUGGCCUCCACCUCCACUCUUGAUGAUGACAUUCAGGAUGACAUGAAGCCUUUUAAUAUCAAAGCCCUAUAAAAGAGCUUCUUCCACUCUUUUUGGAGAGAUAACAGCUGUUGGGUUGUUACUGAAGACAGUGUUGCUGGUGAAGUCCCAGGAUUUUACAAGAAUACAAGAAUAGAUGACAUGAAGCCUUUUAAUAUCAAAGCCCUAUAAAAGAGCUUCUUCCACUCUUUUUGGAGAGAUAACAGCUGUUGGGUUGUUAUUGAUCUGUGGCAGCAGGGGCGUGCUCAAGCAUCUCUCCGGAGAGAGAAAGCGGUAAGGGCGCUUACACCUGAGCCAAAUUGUCUAACACCUGUCUCUAAUUUCAGUGAGCACGGGGAGAGCGGCAUAAAGAGAGCGACACAACGCUCAGUGGGGGGAGACUGGAUAUGAUAGAGCCGAGCCAAAGCAACGAUUCCCGAGUAGUGAAAGUUAUUUGUAGAAACAGUGUGUGUGUUAGGGUUUAAAGAGUGUAUAAAGGUAACUGUAAAGUGGUGUCGAGGAAGAGGGGAAAUAAAGCGUCACCUGAAGAAGGAAAACUGCUUCUUGCGUCCUCUUUUACACUGGUGCCGAAACCCGGGAUUGAAGUUUGGGUCGAAGAUGGAUGGAGGUCGUCCCGUAGAGUCCUCCCAGUUGGCGGAGAUCCUCCAAGCCCUCGCCAGCCUACAUUGGAACCACCAACAAACGCUGCUUGAGCUCCGACAAGAUCAAGACCGCCGGUUUGUCGAGCUCAUGCAUGCUCAAGCCGAGGACCGGCAGGCGAUCCGGAGCCUCCUCAGCCAGGGGGCAUCCUCAGCCGCGACCCCGGACACACCCACGCCGUUACCCCCGCCAGCAUUACAGAAAAUGGGGGCGGCGGACGACCCCGAGGCUUUCCUGGAUUUGUUUGAGCGGACCGCCGAGAUCUGGGGCUGGCCGCUCGGCCAAUGGGCAGCCCGACUGAUCCCACUAUUGUCCGGGGAAGCCCAGCUCGCGGCUCAACAACUGCCAGCGUCGAGCCUCCUGGCCUACGGAGAUCUAAAAAAAGCCAUCUUGCAACGGGUUGGUCGCACUCCGGAGGAAAGUCGUCAACUCUUCCGGAGCUUGAAGUUGGAAAGCUCUGACCGCCCGUUUGCCUUUGCCCAGCGGCUCCGUGACGCCUGCCGAAGAUGGCUGCUAGCGGGGGAUCGCGACGUCCAGGGAAUUAUCGACCAGGUGGUACUGGAACAGUUCAUAGUACGACUGCCAAAAGGAACGGCGGAGUGGUUCCAGUGCCACCGCCCGGCGUCGUUGGAGGAAGCUAUCCGACUUGCGGAGGACCACAUGGCGGCGAUCCUGAGGGCGGAAGAUCCCUCCUACGUUUUCUCUCCUCCCUCUGUUUCUUCCCCCUCCCCUCUCUCUCUCUCGUCUGCUCUCUCUCCAGGUCCCGUUCCUGCCCCACGCAGACGAGGAGGAACUCAGCCCCUGAGACCAGUUCCCCGGGUGUGGGCGACACCUUCCCCUACUCCAAUGCCCCGCCGCUCUCCCCCUCAGGGGGGGGCGCCCGCCGACGCCAGUGCGGGCGUAGCGCCUGGGCUGGCCUGCUGGAGGUGCGGAGACCCGAGCCACUUCCGAGAUCAGUGCCCUCUGAUGGAGCUGGGGACGGUGGUGUGGGUCUCUGACCUCCCACAGGCUGCCCCCGACCGGGCCGGAGUAUACCGGAUACCGGUAAGUGUCAAGGGGGGUACUCACCAAGUGUUGGUGGAUACCGGGUGUAAUCAAACCACUAUCCACCAACGCCUGGUUCAACACAAGGCAUUGGUCACAUCCAAAACGGUGACCCUGACAAUUAAAUUCCGGGGGAAAAAGCAUAGAGUGGAGGCUGCGGUUAGUUCCCGCCUCACCCAUCCACUGAUUUUGGGGACUGAUUGGCCUGAUUUUAGAGUUUUAUUAAAGGGAAUUUGUGCGGAUGGGUCCUGUGUGAAAAUAGGGAGAUGUGUGAUGUGCGAUGCUCUGGCAGGGGAGGCGGAGCCGGGGCCGUCCUCGACAGCUCCACGUCAUGAUGACGAGAGAGGGGGAGAGGCUGCAGCCCCUCCCCUUCUCAGGGAAUUCCCUGAGGGGGAUUUCCCUUUGGAGCAGUCGCGAGAUGAAACCCUCAAACACGCCUUUGACCAAGUGAGAGUUAUCGAUGGUCAACGACUCCAGCCUGACAUCGCACUUUCAUACCCCUAUUUUGCAAUUAUAAAUGAGCGGUUGUAUCGAGUGACACAGGACACUCGAACCAAAGAGGAUACAACCCAACUUUUGAUUCCAAGGAGCCGUGGGGAAAUGGUAUUCCAGGCGGCUCAUUAUAAUCCCAUGGCAGGUCAUCUAGGAGAAAGGAAAACACUGAACCGUCUAAUAGCCCAUUUCUAUUGGCCGGGCAUUGGUGGCGAUGUCCGCAGGUGGUGUGCGGCAUGCCGCGAAUGCCAGCUGGUUAACCCACCGGCCACCCCAAAAGCGCCAUUGCGCCCUCUCCCUCUGAUCGAGGUCCCCUUUGAGAGAAUUGGAAUGGACCUCGUCGGGCCAUUAGAACGGUCAGCACGCGGACAUCGAUUGUAUUGGUCCUAGUGGAC